AUGUCCACCAAAACAAUUUCAACGGGUCUAGAGAAGGCAAAAGAUUCUACCGCGGGCGCCAUAGAAGCGAAGUGUCCGGCCAUUGACAUACUUCCUGAUGAAAUCAUUGAGCAAAUCCUACUUGUCGCGAGCCCCAAUGUCUUUGCAUCGCUGAUCAUAUUGAAUCGGAAAUGGCGGAUGGUAUCGCAGCAGGCGCCCCUCUACGCUCACCAUCUCUCGCGAUGCCCCUCCUACUCAGCAGCCCACCAUGCGGUAGGAGGCACAGUCAAUGAAGAUAGUCUGCCCCGACUUCGACGACUCUUCGCUGAAGAGAUCAAACGAAAUAUAUUUGACGCAUACCUACGACCACGCGAAACAAUUAUAAGCCUAGUCUCAACCUCUAGCAGCUCCUCAUCAGCGCCUGGAGGUGAAGCCUUUCACUUCAGUCUCUCCCCGAGAGGGCACUAUGUGUUGGCAUAUAGCUCCUCCCGAAUUCACGUCAUAGAUGUCACAGGGCCGGAGGUUAUUGUUAAACGGGAGCUUAAGAUAUUGCGAAGGCCGGCUUCCACAACGAUAACAGACGAUGGCUCGCUGCUAGCGGUGUUGUCAACCGACCUCCAGGUCGAUCUUUAUGACCUAACGGGCGGUCACCCAAAACAUACGCACGCUGUUGCGUUAGAUCACACUCCCCGAACAAUCGCAUUGUCGCCUACAGGCGCUGUCUUAGCCGCUGCGUACGACUCGGGGGUGGAGGUUUCAGCAUUGGAUGCAGACGCUACAAGCACAGGACGAAGGGCAGUUAAAUGCUAUGCGGCAGACUCGCUAUCUUUUUCUAGAGAUGGGACUCAACUUCUUGGGACCACUAUGCAAUCACGAAAUUCAAGUACGGUCAUUCUUUCAGCGCCAUAUUAUAAUGCAGAAGCCACCUUACCGGAAGAGAGCGUCAGUGCUCUAUGGACCACUUCAAUUCUUUUCCCAAACGGCAGCCGGGACUGCAGCCAUGCUGUCUUGCUUCCAAGCGCUUCCGAUGGGGAAGCAAGCUGGGCGUUUACAUACGACCGAGUUUUCGAAACCUUUCGUGCAGUCCGAAUCGACGACCUCAGAAAUGGAACCACAUAUUUCACUGGCCCGAUCGCUGAUUCCAGAUCUAUUUCGAUGCUCCUUCCAAGCACUUUACCUACGGCACACCAAUCUGGCAAUCUGGUUGCUGCGGGUUUCCAAGGAUCCAUAUGGCUCUAUGGAGUUCCUGAGGACCUUGAUGCGCUACCAUCUGUUCCUGCUAGCGUGAAUAGCAAUGCAGACAGUGGCGUUAGUACUCCGUCAAUUCAGCUAGGUCGGCGAAAUAGUGCGCCUUCCCUGCGAUCCGUCCAUAGGGGUAGAGAGAGUUUUAGCAGGAUCCCACAAUGGCAACUUUUGUGCGAUCGCUUUCGGAACACGUUCGUUGAAGGCCAAAAAAUUGGUAGUCUUGAUCGAGUAAGCGCAAUGAGCUGGGUUAAUGAUACCCCGGCUUCAUUUCGCGGCGAGAGACUUGUGGCAGUUGCUCCAGGGGUCGGGGAGGGAUCUUCUAUCGGCGAAUAUGGUGGUAUGAGUCCUGUGGAUGGUGGCCGCAUAUCGAUACUAGAUUUUGAUUAUGCCAUAAGUGAUGGUCAAAAGACUUCGAUUACUAUUGAAGUAGGGAUGGAAGAACCACAGGUUUUGGAAGAGGAACACAGGGAUCUAGAUGCAGAAGUAGCCAUUGUCAGACGGAGGACAGUUGCACAGCGUCGAGGGAAUCGAAAUCAUGUGUCCCGCUCGUCAGCGACGACCAGCCGUGGAGCACGCCCUGAACCACCUCCUGUGCCGGUAAUAGGAGAUGACCUAGGCGAUCCAUAUGCAGCUCCAAAUUUGGCUGCAAAAAGACUGAGCAACCGGAUUAGUAGCACUGAACAAUCGGAAACAGCCUCUAUUGAUGAGCAAGAGGCGUUUGAUGCGCCAUAUUCUCACACGAGUCCUCGCUCUGGUACCACCCUCCGCCGUGCUGCCACUGCUGCUGCCGUCAAUCGGCGAUUACAUCCUCCUACAGUCAGGGAGCACAUCGUGUUCCGCCGCGCCGAUGGACGCGAGGAACAUCCCCAUGAGAGUGACGCAGAUAACUGGGUGCCGCCACCUCCGCCAUACACGAAGGAUGAGGUUCCACCAUUGCCCGAGCAUAUACAGAGAUCGAUCAUUGCGGAAGCUACUGCGUCGACCUCCAAGCAAGCAAAUAUCCCGCCACAAUCAACCCCAGAAUCUCCUACCUUGAAUUCGGGCGGUUUAUAUCGAUCUCGUACUGUUGCCUCCUCGAGUACUGGUCGAUCUCGCCGGGAAUCAUACCCCUUUCAAUGGAGUACAAGUGACUCUACGACAAUGGAUAUGAAUCGUGGCUCACUAGAGGUGGAACCCCCCAGACCUGCAUCAAGUCCCGUGUCUCCUGAAGGGUUCAAUGACCUCUACGAUGUCUCGCCUCCUAGCACACCACCUCCGCCAGCUCCGCAGAACUCAGAGCUGAACCAAAUUCCAAGACGGCCAGUAGGCGCCCCAGCGAACACCUCUCCCGCUGCACGUACUCCGCCAAGACCAGGUAUGGUCGCUGCACUAGAACGGCCUGUUUCUCCUAUGCUAGAACCGGCACAACCAAUUAACGUCGAGGUGGAUCCCAGGCUACAGAGCUGGAAUAUCACCCCGGAAUCUGAGGUCAUUCGAUCACCAAAUGUAGCAGCUGUAACUCCCAUUACAGCCAUGCCAGUGGAUAAAGAUGUGCCACCUAGGCCCACACAAGAUCAUCACUUAACCGAACUACCACCUUCAGCUCCGGCUCGAAAUCAACGGGAGUUUCUCGAAUCGCAGCCAACCGCUCAAGCCCAGUUUUCUCGAAACUUGCAUGGGAACACCGAAUAUGCGCCAGCUCCUUUGUCGACACGUGCCGAGACUACCCCCAUCGUGCGAUCUGAAGCUAUAGAGGACAACCCUUUUAUCUGGAGGCGAAGUGAUACAGCACCAGUACCAUCAAGUCGACCAGGAAAUGAAUCGAGCUUUGGGGGGUUGGCAAUGCCCAGCGCUGAUCAAUUAGCUCGUUUGAAUAGUCGCUCGGGACGGCCUCCUGGACACGUCCUUACGGAUCCAUCACGACGCCUAUCAGGGAGCUCCCCUAACCAGCAACCCCCAGUCCGUGGCAAUCACAGACAAACCACAUUCUGGGAAUCUGCACGGCAUGCCCCUACACACUUUCCAACAGAUCUACCCCUCCGCAACUCUCCACCUAGAGCCGCGGCGGCUGCUCAUAACUCUUAUAACCAACGGAACACCAUUGGUGCUUCUCCCUCAUAUUACUCGUAUUCUACAUCCUCCAACCGGCGUAGUGUCGGAAACCCAAAUCUCCAGCUAGCGCCUCUAUCGGGAAACAACUUACGUCCACCAAUGCAGCGAUUAGAAACCAUCCACAGCGCUACUUCCACCGAACUAUCCCCAUAUCACACACAAAGGUCAAUCAACGUAGGAGUUGGGAGGCAACCAAGCCGAGCAGAGCGCAGCGCGGCGAAGAAUAUCCAGGAUGCUAAGAAGAGGGGUUGGAGGGCAAGUAUGUAUAAAGAGAAGAAGGAAAAGAAACAAAAGGACAAACAUGGGGAUACGAUGAGUAGUGCCGGUUGGACGGAUGUUUCCAGGGAAUCGGGAAAUGAAAGCGUUCGGGUUGGGGAUUAG